UUCCCUCCUUCUUUUACGACUGCUACUCUUUUCCGCUCGAAUCUCCCUUGAACAGCUGUUUGUGACUCUUAGUGGAAUAACAAUAUCCAGGUCAAUCAUUCAAUUACAACUUUGUCAGUUUUCUUCCCGCGCUUUUAAUGAGAAACAGUGCCUCACUCUAUCUCUCUCUCCAUUCACCAUGCCCCCCUCUCGCUCAAAACUAAUCCUCUGCUCACUCCUAGUCUUCGCCGUUCUCCUCCUCAUCUUUCCCUCUCACAAAGCCUACGUUUCUUACACCACCUCUCAAUUGUCGCCCUCAUCCUCCACCAUAAAACCGAAUGCAGUAAUCUUCAUGCUCCUCCCACCCUCUCGGGUUCACCAAGCCAUCUUAGCCCUUUAUAAUGUCGAAAACAGAUUCAACCGCCGUCUCAAAUACCCUUACGUUCUCUUCAUGACCGAGGAUGAGUUGGCAGCCGUCAGCAACGAAGAUAAGAAAAAGAUUGAUUGGAUCACAGAGGGCCGCGCCAAAUUCGCGACCGUCACAAAAGAAUCCUGGGACAUACCUUCUCACCUCGACAAAUCCCUUGUCCAACAUUCCCUCGAAAGCAUCGGUUUCUCAACGGGUUAUAGACAAAUGUGUCGUUUCUACUCUGGCUUCUUUUGGCGUAAUCCUGCCAUCGCAAAUUACGAGUGGCUUUGGAGGUUGGAUACUGACAUAGAAUUUCAUUGUGAUAUCCCCUAUGACCCAGUCCAACGCCUCAUCGAUUCCAACAAACUCUACGGUUUCAUCCAAAUCUCCCCUGACGCAGACUUUGUCCAACCCAGCCUCGCAUCCAACGCCUCCUACUUCCUCUCCACCCAUUCCCAUAUCAUCCCACCCAACGCCAAUCUCGGUUUCGUCUGGUCCGGUCAAUCAGGCAUUAAAAAAGCCUUGCAAGGUCAAGCUUCCAACCCCGAAUGGACACGAAUGUGCAUGUACAACAACUUCGAAAUAUCUCACAGAUCCGUUUGGGAAAGCGAAGUUUACACAAAAUUUUUCGAUUAUCUGGAGCAAGAGGGCGGUUUCUUCUAUGAACGAUGGUCCGAUUCGCCUGUACAUUCAUUGGGCCUUGCCAUGUCCUUGAGGAAGGAUCAGGUCAUGCAGUUUACCGAUAUGGGUUAUCAGCAUCAAGGAUGGGGCUAUGAGUGUCCUCAGCAGCUUGAUAGGUGCACAUGUUUGAGGGAGGGCCCAGCAAAGGGCUUUCAUGAUAAUGCAGAGCGUUGGUUUAAUGCGACCGAGCUGCAGGCAGACUCAUGGGGUACAUAAGAGCUCAAGGAUUCUUUUUUUUUGGGGGGGUAUAUAGGGACUUUGUAGCGAUGAACUCUCGCGUAAUAUGUCAUACUUAAUACCGCUA